CAUCUGUGCCCAGCAGUGCACCCACUCAGUGCCACCCACCUGUGCCAACCCACAUGUGCCCAUCAGUGCAGCCCAGCAGUGCUGCCAGUCAGUGCCCAGUGGUUGUGCCAGUCAGUGCCCAGCAGUUGUGCCAGUCAAUGCCACCUAUCAGUGCCACCUAUAAGUGCUGUCUAUCAGUGCCACUUAUCAAUGCUGCCUAUCCGUGCCACCUCAUUAGUGCUGCCUAACAGUGCCGCCUAUCCGUGCCACCUCAUUAGUGCUGCCUAUCAGUGCUGCCUAUCAGUUCCCAUCAGUGCUGCCUAUCAGUGCCCAUCAGUGCCACCUAUUAGUGCCCAUCAGUGCUGCCUCAUCAACGCACAUCAGUGAAGGAGAAAAAUUACCUGUUUGA